CCAUGGUCGUCGCUAUGAACAGUGGUCGUCUGCAGCUAUGGAGGUACUCCUGUGCUUCAUCAUCGUCCUAGCAUGUAGCGCAAAGAGCUUCCACUACUCGCAAGCCCAACAACAGGUAUGUUCUUCGUCGACCGAUUGCCAAAAUGGGUCCCUUUGUUUCCCGGAGCCCAUGCUCGGCGGCAACCGUUCACUCCGGAACUCGUCCUGCUACCAAGCGAGCAAUCGAUCCGAGCCAUACCUUAGCGAUUCAGACGUUUGCCAGCCCAGUUCCAGCUUUGUUUUCAAUGACACCAUCGCUCCAGACUGCCCAAAUUGCUGCGUCCCAGGCCUGGCUUACAGGACUUUCACUUGCUCUCCAAUUUUUCAAGAGACCAACAAUGCCGUCUUAUAUGUCACAAGAUUCAAUCUCUCAAAUCCGGGUUCUCUCAGGUCGUGCACGUCCUUCGGGUGGGAUUUUGAUCUCAUGGCGGCGGUGGCCACUGGGUGGUAUAACCAAGACCGAAGCUUGUGCUCCACGAAUAUCCAAGUUUUAGCUCCAAAUGGACGAACUGUGGUGGCCAGAGUCGUGGCUCAAUGCUACUCCGGGGGAGGGUGUCUCGGCAAUUUUUCGUUCACGGAGCCCUGUGCUCCAAAUGCCGUGGCAGCGAACGAGCAAGUGUGGAGGCAGCUUGGGUAUGAUCCAGGCAUUGGAAUCGUAGAAAAUAUCACCUGGAGUAUCACUACUAACAGUAAUCCUCCACAAUUACCGUCUCCAAGACGCAUGAACCGCAAGCUGGGAUUAAUUGCUGGCAUAGUGGGUGCUGUGGUGGUGGUGUUGGUUAGUGUCGCAGCCUUCACAGCAACCAGGCGAUGGAGGAGAUCUCUUGAGAGGCGAAGAAAAGAUGAGCAAGCGCUCAUGGAUGGAAUGAGGCUCGAUAAGUUACUUCCACACCAGUUUAGCUAUCACGACUUGAGAGCAGCGACUGGAAACUUUGCUCCACAGUUCAUGCUCGGAGCUGGCGGAUUUGGAUCCGUCUUUAAGGGGGAGCUUGCAGAUGGAAGCCUGGUUGCUGUCAAGAAAAUGGAUGUAGAGAUAGAAGGCUCUACACAAGGACAGUCACAGUUUAAGGCCGAGGUGAUGUCCAUUGGAAGCAUCCAUCACUUCAACUUGGUAAGGCUCCGGGGAUUUUGCAUCCAGGGACCAGCUGCAUUGCUUGUCUACGAGUUUAUGCCCAAUGGCUCAUUGGACAAGUGGAUCUUCACCGAAUACAAUGAUGGCAAAGCUGGCGGAAUCCUGCUGGACUGGAACCAGAGACACUCAAUCGCGAUAGAUGUUGCUCGAGGACUCACGUAUCUCCAUGAGGGAUGCCGGGAGCAAGUUCUUCACCUGGACAUCAAGCCGCAAAACAUCCUCCUGGACGAGAACUUGCGAGCCAGGAUCUCCGACUUUGGCCUGAGCAAGCUCGCCGAGCGAGGAAAGAGUCAGGUGGUGACUGUCAUGCGAGGAACUCCCGGAUACAUGGCGCCCGAGUGGCUCCAUACCAAAGUCACGGACAAGACCGACGUCUACAGCUUUGGAAUUGUGCUGCUUGAGCUUGUAACCUCCAAGCGGGCCUUGGAAUUUCAUCCUUUGACAUCCUCCUCCUCCUCCUCCUCACAACCGACAGUGCACUUCCUUGGUACAGCCGCAUUGAGCAUGUUUUACAGUGGCAAAGUUGUGGAGCUCAUUGACGAGAAGCUCUUUGUCAAUAAUCUAAACGACGAUAUCGCCAGCAGCAGUGGCUUGGAUUUCAAGGAUGCCGAGAGAUACCUGAAGAUUGGAUUGUGGUGUAUCCAAGCCGAACCAGCAAUGCGACCCUCCAUGAGAAACGUAUUGGAUAUGCUCGACGGUAGCAUAGAUGUUCUUGAGUUGCCACCACCUUCAAGUGAUGGUAGUUCGAGAAACUUUAGCUUGCGACCACCUGAAUCCUCCUUCAGCUCCACCAGUUUGUAAUGUUACACCACUAUAUUGAAACUCUAAAACGUCCCACAAGAAAUAUCUCUGGAAAAGCAAUCAGCUUCAUUGUAAAUUAGUUGUGGAAACCAACUUAGUGUCAC